AUGGCCGCGAUGUCACAAUUUCAGGACAACGACUCACUCUACCGCUCUCAGAUCAUUGCUGCCAUGGUCCGGAACUUUAAGAAGUGGAUGCCAGACCUUCAGCCAAUAUGGACUUGCGUUGGUGUAACGAGGUUGGGUGAAGAAGACAUGAGAGUGGAGCUAGAGGUCGUUACUCAUAAUCCUGAACGACCUCAAGAGUUGUGA